AUGCCCAUGAUGAUCAGGAAAUGUGAAAGCAUGCUACUUUACAACGAUCAUGAAAUACUUGAGGCAUGUGAUAAGUGGGGAUUUUUUGUCAUAUUCGAACUUGGUUAUUCCAGGCAGUGCGAAACAGCACCAGGCCAUCACGCCGCCCUAUUCAAUGAAAAUUUACGUGACUAUAUGACUCUGCCAAAAUUCAACAAGCUUGGUACGAGUGCCACGAUAAAGGCACAUUCCUGCCUUGAUGUAUUUCCUCACAAUUUAAUUUUGAGACGCAUUUCAUGUUUUAGACCCCAGGCCACCAUCACGUGUCAGCACCACGUGUCACUGUCACACAUGACCCAUACAGUUAUCAGCUCUUGA